AUGACUACUGCUGUGAAAAUCCCACAGCCUGGCGCGAUAAAUCAUGAGAUUCCGUCGCCUGAUGAGGAGGAACAAUUGCUGGCAAAGAUUGUGUUUGGUGACACAUCGGACUUCCAGGAGAAUAUCAAGAACUUUGAUCUAGAGCUUCUGUUAAAUGAACAGGAAGAUGAGAUCGCGGAGACGUAUGCUGACGGCUAUCGCUCCGGUUCAGAAGACGAUGACGAGGACGUUAAUCCAGACUUGAAUCGUAUUCAAGACGAUCAGCUAUUUUUCGUAGACGAUGGUGAAAUGGAAGUGGAUGAAGAUGUCGUUGUGGAUGAAAGUGAGCCGUCUGAGGAAAGCAGUGGUGAAUUGAUGGGGGAUGACGAAGACGCCUGGCAAGAUUCCGAUGAUGAGGGUGUUUCUGUAUCCAUUGUCACGUCGAACAGAAGUAAGAAAUUGAGAAAAUCUUACCAAGAGUCACAAAUUAGCGGUAGAGAUUAUAUUCGGAGGCUCAGAGCUCAAUUUGAAAAAAUAUAUCCCAAACCUAGUUGGGUAGAUGAUGUAUCCGACGAGGAGCAGGCAGACGGUAACGAGUCCGAUAAGGAAAAUGAGCAGGCGGUUGACGGUGAUAUGAACGCGCUCUCCAAGAUCCUGGGGACUCUUUACGAGUAUAAGGAUAUCUCCCACAGGCUUCUCCCGCCAAAGACACUGGAUAUCGUACGAUUGAAAGAUGCCAAUGUUGCACAUCCGUCACAUUCAGCAAUACAGUCGCUGUCAUUCCACCCUUAUAAGCCUUUGCUUCUAACUGGUGGUUAUGAUCGAACGCUGCGAAUUUAUCACAUUGAUGGAAAGACCAACCACUUAGUUACUAGCGUUCACCUGAGAGGCACGCCAGUUCAAACCUGCUGUUUUUAUGCUUCGCCACUGGGUGGUUUUAGAGAUAAACCUGAUGUGCAACGUAUUUUCUCUGGGGGCAGGAGACGCUACAUGCAUUCAUGGGAUCUAUCCAACGCUUUGACGCAUUCAUCUUCUUUAGGUGCUGUGGCCAAAAUCGACAAGCUUUCAAGGAUGUAUGGUCACGAAGAUACCCAAAGAUCUUUUGAGAAGUUCAAGGUGGCGCAUUUUCACAAUUUCAACACUAAUCAAACGCACGGAAUCAUUCUUCUGCAAGGUAAUAAUGGUUGGAUCAAUGUAUUAAAUGGUGAGACUGGGGUAUGGAUGACCGGUUGCAAAAUCAAUGGUGUCUUGACAGACUUCUGUAUUGAUUAUAAACCGGUAUCAAAGGAUAAGUUCCAAACGAUUUUGAUAGCAGCGAAUACUUACUCGGAAAUUUGGGAGUUUAAUCUAAACGACAGCGGGAAAAUCCACCGUAAAUGGAAAGAUGAAGGUGGCGUAGGAGUUACCAAGAUUCAAGUUGGUGGAGGCACGAACUCAGAUAACAUAGUGACCACAAGAAACGGUGGCGUGAGAGCCAAUAGAUGGCUUGCCAUAGGGAGUGAAAGCGGUUACGUUAAUGUCUAUGAUAGAAAGAGCUUCUCUAAUAAUCCAAGGCCAGUUGCCGCAUUAGACCAGUUAACCACAACAAUUUCUUCGCUGACAUUUUCUCCAGAUGGACAGAUAUUAUGCAUGGCAUCCAGGGCUAUAAAAGAUGCGCUACGUUUGGUUCACUUACCCACCUGUAGCGUGUUCUCAAACUGGCCUACCAGCGGCACACCUUUGGGAAAAGUCACAGCUGUCUCAUUUUCCCCCCACGGCGAAAUGCUAGCUGUCGGUAACGAACAGGGUAAAGUAAGGCUUUGGUCAUUGAAUCACUAUUAA